CCCGCCCCCCCCGGUUGAUUGACACGGUAAUGGCGGCGCGGCGGUGCUUGUGAGAAGCGGGAGAGAGUGGGAGAUCCGAGCCGCCGCCGCCGACGCCCAGCCCCGGCCCCGGCCCCGGCCCCGGCCCCGGCCGCAGGAUGUCGGCCACGGCCCGCCGCAAGCAGGAGGAGAAGCACUUGAAGCUGGUGCGGGAGUUGGGAUCGCGGCCCCACAACCGGCAGUGCUUCGAGUGUGAGCAGCGGGGUCCGACCUACAUCGACAUCACAGUGGGCAGCUUCGUGUGUACGUCCUGCUCAGGCAUCCUGAGAGGCCUCAAUCCACCUCACCGAGUGAAGUCCAUCUCCAUGACAACCUUCACUGAACAGGAAAUUGAAUUCCUUCAGUCGCAUGGCAAUGAGGUGUGUCGGCAGAUUUGGCUAGGCCUGUUUGAUUCCCGAUCAUCAGUUAUUCCAGAUUACAGGGAUCCGCAAAAAAUCAAGGAGUUCCUACAGGAUAAAUACGAGAAAAAGAAGUGGUAUGUUCCUCCAGACCGGGUAAAAGUAUCUGCUGCCACGUCAGCUACGACGUCCCUGAGCAGCAGGAGUAGCACACCUGAUGUCAAACCGCUGAAGACCCUCAUGGGAGAUUCAACUCCAGCCCUGAGCGUCACCAAAAGUGCUGGGCAGGUUGCCAACCAGGCACCGGUGCAGCACCAGAAUCAGCAGCCAGUGAAGAAAUCACAGCUGGAUCUUUUGGCAGACAUUGGAGGUGAUCCUUUUGCUUCCCCGGCACCCCAGCACACCGCCGCAGCACAGGCCUUUGGGGCCUUCCCUGCCUUCGGAGCUCAGCAGACCGUACAUCCGGGUUUCCCAGGCUUCAGUCCGUUUAGCAGCGGAGGCUCAGCUCACGUUGGAAAUUUCCCACCGGCCACCCAAGCCCCUUUCCAGGUCCAGUCCGCAACCUCAGGUGGUUCGAGCAGCGCUAACUUUGCAAACUUUGAUACCUUCCCAAAAUCUUCCAGCACUAGUUUCGGAUCCUUCACUAGCUCUCAGGCCACAUCCGUGCCAGCAGGUUCGACGGUCACUGCCUCCGGUAAACAGGCUGCCUCGCAAGCCGACAAAUACGCAGCACUCGCGGACUUAGAAAGCAUCUUUAAUGCCCCUAAGUCCUCUGCAGCAGCAGGUGGUCAGAUGUCCGGUUUCAGCUUCACGUCAGCAACGAGCAGCCAACCCACGGUCUCUUCGAGCCAUUAUACAGGAGCCGAAUACAGCAGCGUCUUCAAUAUGGGAGUGCCUUCAAAUAAUGCCAGUGCUGGCACUAGCAGUAUUUCUGGGACGAUGACUGGGAGCCAAGUGCCUACACAGCAAGCUGGCACCACGAAUGCAUCGAGCUUUGGAGCUUUCAGUAAUCCGUUUGCUGCUCCUCCUGCCACAGCACAAGCUGCUUCUACCAACCCCUUCCAGACCAACGGAAUGGCACCAGCUCCAAUGUACGGCGGAGUACCACCAGGGUACGGACCUACCUCAGUCCCAGGGGGGUUCACAGGAUUCCCGCAGCAUCCCUUCUCGCAGCAGCAGCCGCAGCAGCAGCAUGUGUUCGCUCAGCCACAGGCCUAUCCACAGCAGCAAGGCUACAGCCAGCAGCAGCAGCAACAGGCUUUUGCCCAGCAGCAUUCAUUCCUGCAGCCGCAAGGCUUUACUCAGCAACAAAACGGUGCUGGGUUCGGUGCCUUUGGGCAAUCGAAAGGAAUGCCACAAAUGAUGGGUCCAUUGAUACAAGGAGGUGGAGUGCCCAGCAACCCAUUUAUGACUGGAGCCCCGCCUGGACAGUUUGCAGCAGGAAGCACAUCUACCAACCCCUUCUUAUAGUGACCUGCAAUACUUCCAGCAUGUGGCUCUUCCAAAAACAAAAAAAUCGCCUUAAACCACAGGAGUCGACCAACAGCUGUAACAUACUUAAUGCCAGUACACACAUUUCUAUACUUCAGGGGAGGGUGGGAGUUGGGUGGGGCUGUUGAGGCACUGCAAUAUUCCUUGUGGGUAUUAGUACCAAAUACCAAUGCAGGCUAUAUUGUGGAGAGGAUGGGUGGGGUCUCUGGGGGGUAAGACAGGAAGGGGGAGAGCAUGGAGGCAACUUGGCAUUCACAGAAGCUACAGCCUCACUCACACGCUGUUGGUGUUUGGGGCCGGGAUUUCGGGAGGGCUGGGUGGGAAGGAGACAGCAGAGGGUAAAGGUAGCUCUUGAGAUAUGGGAACCCUUCGGUUCAGCUGAAAGCUGUGUGGUCUAAACAAAGCAGUGGGCUAAGUAGGUGGGGGAGGCCGGGGGGGAGGCAAGACUUUUACACUGAUGGGGUUUGUACUGGGAGAGGCUUGGGGCCUAUAAUCCUUUUAAUUUGCAUAUAACUCAGUAUAUCGCUGUCAGAGGGGUUUUGGGAAGUGAGGGGGGGGCGGACGAAAGUGGGUAGUCACUGGAGUGCACUUUCACACAGCAUCAGGGGCACAGGCCGGCUUGUGGGGAAUUUAUUGGGGCAAGUGGGUGACACAGCUGGGUUGGGCAGCAGUGAAGUGGGCGGGUGCCCCCUCCUAGAGUUUGUUUGCGUUGAUUCCCGGAGUGGGUUUCAGGUGCAUGCGCUGUCACAGGGCUGGCGGAGAGCGGUGUGGGUGCUCUCGGCGUUUGUGGAACUUCGGACACUGACCUUAGAGGUCCGGCAGCUGUCCGAGCCCAGUCGGGAGAGGGUGAGGAGGGGAGCUUGUGAGGAGAGGCGGUGUCUAUGCGUUGGCAGAGACUGUCACUGCUGCAAACCCCCCGCCAUCUGCGGCGAUCGUUGUUCACCGAGGGGACGGAUCACUGGACUCCUUGUUUUAACAUUUGAAGGGUCCCAUUCGUAAGCAAACUCUCCUCAGUUUGCCCUUCCCAACUUGCUGCCCCCUCUUCCUCCUCCUCCUCAGCCCCACUUUGCAGUGCUUUAUCAGGUCCACUUGCAUUCCUCCCACUUCCUUGUGACGGACCGUCUCCUCCACCCGAUCGACCGUUGUUUUCUCCCGUCUCGGAAGAUGCCUUUCCAUUCCAAAGACUGCUGUCAAGUGAAAACCGACCUGGUGAUGACCGGAUCUGGAAUUGGUCCGUCUCCCCCCCCUUGUUACUGUUUGGCGAGCUGCUCUGUUGGUAUCUCGGGCUUGUUUCUGUGUCUUUUAAUUUUUUUAAAACUGUUACACCAAUUCUGCUGCGUUCUACCGUUCAUUCAAAAUAUAUAUUUUGUUCAUCUAUCAA